AUUUCAAAGUCUGUGGCAGUGGGUGUAGUGUAAAAACUAUAUGAUUACAGCCGGCAAUUGCUUCCAGUAGUUUUAGUGGUAAUUAAGCAAAACCACAUUUCUCAGAAAUGAAUGUGUACCUUGCUCCUUUAAGGCUUCAGCUGCUGUCCGGAACACUUUGUUAGAUGUGCAGGAAGUAGGUGGAGAGAGACACUGUGAGAAAGCAGUUUAAAAAUAUGCAAGAAGAAACGCGUUUCAUCGUUACUACAGAAACUGGAUGGUGUGUUAUGCCACGAAGAACUGCAAUAGGAAACAAGUAAAAAGUGUGUCUGGAUGUUCCGCAUUACAUGUUUGUUGUCAUUGCUGAAAUUCACUCCCAGUCGCAGUGGAGUGUCCCCAAUGGGGAAGAGGAGAGCUUUGGCAUUUCGAAGGACAUUUUUGCUCAGACAUUUGUAUACACUUUCUAUGCAUCCGUAAAACAACGCUGGAUCGGUGACCCGUUUGCGCUUGUGCACUUCACACUGUGAAUGACCAUCGUGCUCCUUGGAGACGAAAAGAGAGGAGAGGAAAAUAAUUGCUGAUGUUUAUCUAGCAGCCCUUAAACGCAAGUUAAAGGUUAGGGGGUGUUAUAACACUAUUACGGAAAAAUUAUAGGCAAAGUGUAUACGACAUGUUUAAUUUCAAUUGGUAAAUUGCCAUAAGUCGUUUCGGCAAGUUUACAGAUGAAUGCUCUUAAACCGAACACAGCGUUUCAACCUCUUAUCGGCUGCAAAUGAAUGUUAAGUCCUAUAGUCGUUAACCUCGUAGCAAUAGCUACAUGAAAAUAGAAUGAGCUUUGAAUGUAUGAAUCUCCCAAUGUUAGUAAAUGGCAGCUGCAUUUUUCAGUGCCUAAGUCAUUUAGUCUAAUAAAUGCGCAGUAAAUUACUCAUAUUCUGUAUAUUACAAAAGACAAAUUCCUAAUGCAAGAAAUUGUAUAUGGCUAAUAAAGUGAUCUCUUAUAAUGAGAAUACGUAUUGUGCAUAUUAUGACUACUACGACAGCACAAAAGAGCUGAUCGACAUGAAUUUAAGGUUUGUUGGCAGAAAUACAAACUCUCUGUGUUAACAGCACCCAUGAUGAUUUAAACAUUAAAAUACGUAAAUAUUCGUUUGUCUAGAAAGUGAUUCCACAUUUCGACGCUGUUUUUAGCUAGAAAUGAACGUAAAAAUCUAUGUAGCUCGUUUACAUAUAACAACUGUGCAUUUAUACAACUUAAAGUUUAACUGCUUACAAUACGAAUGAUAGAGAUGAUGAUAAAUAAGGUAUCAUUUUGAGAAAAAAAAGCGGACACGAUCUCCGUUUCUUCAUAAUGGCUUCCUUAAGUGCCAGACGUUUCCUAUUAAAGUUGAGGUGUUCUGUCCAUAAGGUCACUGGCUCUCCCAUUGCAAGACUUUGCUACAGGCCUGUUCCAUUGUGCUGGAAUAAAACCAAAAGCCUGACCCUGGUUCAGGUUCCCAAGUUUGCAUUAUUGUGUUGGGGUGUAGAGAAGACCGUAUUUCCUGCAGCUGGUUGCCAGGAUGCUAUUCCGAAGCAGCCAGCGGCAGGACGGCAGGACCAGAACUCGAUCCUGAAGCUGCAGGUGCACCGACUAGCCUACGGCCUGCGCCUGGGCCUCCGGGCCUUCGUCCUGAUGCUGAAGUUCGGCCCCCUGUUGUUGCUGUACCCCCUGUGCCUGGUGUCUCAACGGCUGAACUCUCUCUGGUUGGAGCUGCUCCUGCGGGUGACAGAGUCGUGUGGUCCCGCCUUCGUCAAGCUGGGCCAGUGGGCCAGCACGAGGCGGGACCUUUUCUCGGGGGAGUUCUGUGACAAGUUCUCGCGGCUGCACGGGCGCGUCUGCCCCCACGCCUGGGCCCACACGAAAAACUGCCUGAAGAGGGCCUUCGGGGACACCUGGAAGAAGGUGUUUCACUUCGACAGCACGGAGCCGGUGGGCUCAGGCUGCGUGGCCCAGGUCUACAGAGCCUCCAUCAACGUGGACAGCGUGGGGGACGCUGGGUUCCGCCAGCUGGUGGAGGAGCUGGAGAAGGAGGACCUGUUGGAGGCCUGGGAGAUCCCUGGGCUGGCUGGGUCCUGGGGGGCCCUGUGGGGGAAGCAGGCAGAAGAUGACAACGAAGGCGUCGGCACAGAGGUUGGGAAUCCGCCAGACGAACGUCCCCUGAUACCAGACAAGUCUGCUCAGGGCUACAACGAAAAGGAGCAUCUCAUUCCAGUAGCUAUUAAGGUCCUGCACCCUGGGAUUGCACGCCAGGUGCAGAUAGACCUGCUCCUCAUGAAGCUGGGUAGCAGGCUGGUUGGCUUUCUUCCCGGGAUGAAGUGGCUCAGCCUGCCAGAGAUUGUGGAGGAGUUUGAGAAACUCAUGACCCGGCAGAUAGACCUGAGAUACGAAGCCAAGAACAUCGAGCGUUUCCGGGAAAAUUUCCAGGAUGUGGACUACGUGAAGUUCCCUACACCUCUCCGGCCCUUUGUGACAAGGAACAUUCUAGUAGAAACCUUUGAGGAGAGUCAGCCCAUUUCCAGUUAUCUUACUCAAGGCGUCCCAGGAGAACUGAAGCACAGGAUAGCCAGGAUGGGUGUUGAAACUAUCCUGAAGAUGGUGUUUGUGGAUAACUUUGUGCACGGAGACCUGCACCCAGGGAACAUCCUGGUCCAAGAGGAGAAACGCUGCGACCCCCUGGGCACGGCGGCUCUGACAGACCUGUGGGACACGGUGAUCGUGAGCGUGAGGCCCCCCCUGGCCCCCCUGCACCUCGUCCUGCUGGACGCCGGGAUCGUGGCUCAGCUGAGCGAGAAGGACCUUCAGAACUUCCGGUCCGUCUUCACGGCUGUCGUGCUCGGACAGGGGGACAGGGUGGCAGAGCUGAUCCUGCACCACGCCCGUGCCAGCGAGUGCCGAAGCGUGGAGCGGUUCAAGCAGGAGAUGGCGGAGCUGGUGAACGAGGCCCGGAGCAACACGGUUACCCUGGGCAAGGUUCAAGUUGGGAAAUUGCUCUCUCGGGUCUUCAAGCUGCUCAUUACACAUAAGGUCAAGCUGGAGAGUAACUUCGCCUCCAUCGUGUUUGCAAUCAUGGUCCUGGAGGGGCUGGGAAGAUCUCUUGACCCUGAUCUGGACAUCCUGGAGAUCGCCAAGCCCCUCCUGCUCAAAAACUCUGCCUCUACCCUCUGAAAUGUCCUGUUUUCACCCCAUCUCCCUCUUUUGGAGUCUGUAAA